AUGGCCAGCAAUCUAUGCCGCGCAUCCUCCUCCUCCUCCUCACUGAUUGCUAGAUCCGGAUUCUCCACCUCCACCGCUCGCCGAUUCAUUAGCACCACGGCUCAGCUCCUUCAGAAUCAGCAGCAGGAGUCGGCGCUUUCCAAGGACCACAAAGAGACGAAGAUCCGCGAACAGGUGCCGAAUGAGGAACAAAUGAAUUCCAAUAUUAUCGAAGAUGGCGGUAGCGAGGAUGAGGGCGUGGACGACGUUAACAAGGAGACGGGCGAGGUAGGAGGCCCUCGGGGGCCGGAGCCGACCAGGUACGGGGAUUGGGAGAAGAACGGGCGCUGCUACGAUUUCUGA